UUAAAACCGCGAAGCUAAAAUUUUUGAAAAAUUAUUCUAUACUUGGCACCCUUAUUGCAAUUCUAGUUUUAUCAUUGCCAAAUAGUGUUUGUAACGCCAUUGAUAUAUGUUUAAAAUCAGUUCGUAAUACGUUAUCAAAUUUAUCAGUAAAGUAGAUAUUGAAUGAAAAUCUCUUAAAAGCGUGCACAAAUAAAUAAACAAGGUGAAUCAAGAUGCAGAUCUUUGUGAAGACCCUUACGGGCAAGACCAUCACUCUUGAGGUCGAGCCGUCCGAUACCAUCGAGAAUGUAAAAGCUAAGAUUCAGGAUAAGGAGGGCAUUCCACCUGAUCAACAGAGAUUGAUCUUCGCCGGCAAGCAGCUCGAAGAUGGCCGCACCUUGUCUGACUACAACAUUCAGAAGGAAUCCACCUUACACUUGGUGCUCCGCCUUCGUGGUGGUGCCAAGAAACGCAAGAAGAAGAAUUACACCACUCCCAAGAAGAACAAGCAUAAGCACAAGAAAGUCAAGUUGGCUGUGCUUAAGUACUACAAGGUAUAGUAUAUGCUAUGGAUAGACAUCCAACUAUGUCAUAGACAAUAUACAUAAUAUGAUUUUUCUCUUUUACCCAUCCUUUUAGAGAGAAAUUUAAAAGGAAAAUUUAACAAACUAAACUAAGGUUGAAAAAAAAAGAGUAUACAAUGAUAUAUUUGGACACAGGUGGACGAGAACGGCAAGAUCCACCGCUUGCGGCGCGAGUGCACCGGCGAGCAGUGCGGCGCGGGCGUGUUCAUGGCGGUGAUGGAGGACCGCCACUACUGCGGCAAGUGCCACAGCACCAUGGUCUUCAAGGAUGAUGACAAAUAGGCUGUAAUCACUAGUGUUAAGCGCUCGCGACCGCUGUGUAUGAUGGAUUGAAUAAAUCUUGACACAGUGUCACGGG